AUGAAUAGCAACAGUAGUACCGGAAGAUUUACAAAUGUGUCUGUCUUAACGCAGCAGCAACCAUCACAACAGCAAACACAACAACAAAAUAAUGUUCCUUCAUUUCAUCCACAGAUAUCAGCACCACAAUAUAAUGGAUUCCAAAGUGGAUUAGGCCAAAGUACUAUUAACCAGACUCAAAAGGAUCCCUCUUGGUUCAACAACCCAAGAAAGAGAGUUAUUCCACAAAAUAUCAUCAAGCGGUCAUCAACGAGGCAGUCUUCCUCUAAUAAUCAAUCUCAAUCAGCUGAUCCUAAUUCUAACAUGAGUACCGAAUCUGGCUUCAAUAGUCUUACUUUUGGCUCCAAGAAAGCAGUGCCAACUAGUACCGUGUUUGGUUCAUCACAAAAUCUCAAAUCUUUAAAUUCAGAUAAUAUAUUAGGUGAUGCUACAGAGGCACCUCCUAUGGUUUCAAUACAUGAUUGGAAACGUGAAGAUGAAUUUGGUUCAAUGCCAAUUCUUUCGGCUCAUGUGGAUUCAAAUGUAACAUUUAAUAGACAACAAGAAGAUUUUGUAAAAUCUACCAAUUCGUUACCCAUUACUCAAAACGCUUCAAGUACAAACUUAAACAUUUUCGAUAAAAGUAUUUUUGGCACUAAAGAAAGUUCAAAUACUCUUUCGGGCACUGGAAUAAAUGGUUCAGAUAAAGGAGUGACGGCUAACAACCGUACUGUUGCAACGAACAGCGUUAAAAGUACCUCUACAAUUGACCGCAACAACAACAAUGCAGUUGAAGAAGUUGCCGUCAUUGUAUUUGGCUACCCUGAGUCUAUUUCUAAUAUGAUCAUAACACAUUUUUCACACUUCGGUAAUAUUUUAGAAGAUUUUGAAGUUUUAAGAAGUGCAUCUGGAAUCAAUGUGGCAAGUAUAAAAAAUCAACAACUAAAUAAGAAAAAUUCUACUACAAAUGACAAUAAAAAGUAUCCAAUCUUUACAGGUGAUGGCUGGGUCAAAUUAACUUACGAUUCUCAAGCUUCUGCCUUAAGAGCAUUGCAAGAUAACGGUACUAUUCAAGGUGGCUCUUUAAUCGGAUGUGUCCCUUAUGCAAAGGCUACUGUCGAACAGUUAGCUUCUUGUAAAAUUGAAAAAAAUGAUAACAUUGGUGAAAACAACCUAAGUUCUAGUAAUGGCAUCACAACCAGUACUUUGGGCGAUUUCCCAAAUGAUAAAACAGGUCAUAUUUUUAGUGAGAUUGAUUCCAAUCAAAAUAGAGUAACGGUGACAUCCCAACAACAACCACAACAAAAUGCUCUUUAUUCAGCCUUUAGAUUAAACAUCAAGGACGGCAAAUCGUUAUUCGUUCACAACACCAAUCCCAGUAGUCAUAAUUUCCUUCAAAGUCUAGAGAGCAAAAUGAGACAACAAGAAGAAAAUUCAAAUAAACAAGACAAAAAUGGUAUAUUGCAUACUGUGAAUAACUGGUUAUUUGGUUGGAAUAAUCUAUAA